AUGUCUGCGGGGCAGGCUCCUCCCCUCAGACCCUAUGCGAAUGGCCUGACCUCGCCUCCCACGGCGCCUCCCGUAACGGGAAACAUGGGUGCAAGCGGCCUCCUGCCUCCUCCUCCCGCGCCCCUGCCGGGAAUUCCUGGACAGGCUGCCGCGAUGCAGAAUCAGUACACAGGUUUUGACACUACUGGUCAAAUCGCCCCGCCUGGCAUGAAGCCCCGUGUCACUGCGACGCUAUGGGAAGACGAAGGCAGUCUUUGCUACCAAGUUGAGGCCCGCGGCAUCUGCGUCGCUCGCCGAGAAGACAACCACAUGAUCAACGGCACCAAGCUCCUUAACGUGGCUGGCAUGACCCGCGGCCGCCGUGACGGAAUCUUGAAGAGCGAAAAGGUUCGCCACGUUGUCAAGAUUGGGCCCAUGCAUCUCAAGGGCGUGUGGAUCCCCUUUGAGCGCGCCCUUGACUUCGCCAACAAGGAGAAGAUUACGGAGCUGCUGUAUCCCUUGUUCGUCCACAACAUUGGCGCCCUCUUGUACCACCCCACCAACCAGACGAGGACCAGCCAGGUUAUGGCAGCGGCCGAACGCCGGAAGCAGGAGCAGUCCCAGCUUCGUGCUCCCCAGCCUAACCCGUCUGGCCUGCCUUCGAUCCAACAGCACCAUCACGCGAUGGCCUUGCCAGGCCCUCAACCCCCUGCCUUCGCAAACUAUGUCGAGGCCUACCUUGGAGCGUGCUCACACGUUCCCCACCCCUCCGACCAGCGCUUCAAGCCUACGACGCCUCCCGGCACGAGCAUGCAAACCAUGCAACCGCCCACCGGCUCUGUGUCCGCCAAUGAGCAAGCCGAUAACAAGGGUCCCAACGGCAUCCUUAGCUCUGACCAGAACGGCCAGGGCGUAUCGCACGGGACUGGCGAAGAGGAGCACGAACACGACCACGAGGCCGAGUAUACUCACGACAGCGGGUAUGACGCCAACCGCGCAUCGUACAACUACCCUGCGCCUGCUGUAGGAACUAUGUCGGGAGACCAUUCCCAUAUCGCCCCCGACAUGACUGGCUCCCCCAACCACCAUGCUCCGGCAUCUGGCCGUGCCACCCCUCGCAGCGCAGCGCAGCCUCAGUCAUACUACCCUCAACCAACCGGCUACACGUCGCCACCGCGCGUACCCUCCGCCUCCAACAACGUGUAUAAUGUAAUGAAUAAUGAUCCCCGACAUGGGGCUCCCAUGGCCAAUGGCUACGGAAGCCAGCAACCAGUCAUGAACGGAGGAAGCGGUAGUCUGAAGCGAGGACGCGAGGAUGACGACCUUCCUCGCCCAUCCAGCGGAGGCCCUGGAAUGGGUGGCCUGGACCUCAAGCGAAGGAAAACCAUGAUCGAAUCCUCGGUACCCGCUCCUGCCUAUGAUGCCAUGAACCGCCCUAGUUCUGCCAUCUCGGCGCAAAGGCGAAGGCCGAAUUAUGACGGAUCACCCGACUUUUACGAGACCUGGAAGGUCGGAUAUAGGGCAUACUACGACCGUAACACGGUCGACUUGGCCAUGGCCAUGGACCAGACGAGACGGGAUGGGACAGGCAUCCACCAGGAAUCUCGGACUGCACCGGCUCCCGAGUCGGCGCCCCACAUCUUUGACCCGUGGAAUAGCUCGUCGACGGGGCACCAGCGGGCCGAGACGCCCAGCGCGGGGACGGGAUGGAGGGAUUCGAGAAACGCCAAGUUGACGGUGCAGUACGGCGGGGGCCGCGGUGGCGGCGGAAAUGCGAGGAUGUCGGACCGGGUGGGCAGGGGAUCCGAGGACUUUGUCGAGGGCAUGGGCGCGGUGGUGCCGCAGGCGGUGAGGAGGAGGGCGGAGGUGAGCGUGGCGGACAUGUUGGCGCGGCCCGGGACCAUGAGGGCCACGCUCCCGGGCCCCAAGAUUCCCCAUGGCGAGAAGGAGGCCGCCGUAGCGGAGGGGCGGCGGUGGCGGGAGAUGAUGACGGAAGAGGAGAGGCUCGCGCUGGACAGGAAAGAGGAGGAUGACCGGGCACACGGGGAGCGGGCGGCGAGGAAAAGGGGCAUCUUUGACGGGAUCGUGGUGUACGUGAACGGCAGCACGCACCCGCUCAUCUCGGACCACAGGCUGAAACAGGUCGUUGUGGAGAAUGGCGGGCGGAUCUCGCUGCACCUCGGGAGGAGGCAGGUCACGCACGUUAUCCUGGGGAGGCCGGCGACGGUGGGCAAGGGCGCGGGCGGCGGCUUGGCGGCGGGUAAGAUGGAGAGGGAGAUUCGGAGAGUCGGCGGCUGCGGUAUCAAGUAUGUCGGCGUCGAGUGGGUUCUUGGAAGUCUCAAGGCCGGCGUCAGGCUAUCCGAGGCGCGGUUCUCCAACCUAAAAAUCGCCCAGUCAGGUCAGCAAAGUGUAUUUGGCCUGUACACGAAACCGAACAAGACGACCGACAAGGCGUGA